GUCUGAGUGGUUUCGACGACAUGCCACCGCAGGUAUUGGUGACUACCCUCAAUGGAUUUCGCAUCUAGCGCUGAUGGACUUUCCUUUAGCAAUGCAACAGUACAUGCACGCCGUAUGUGACAGCAUCCGAUAACGUGGGUUCAUUCGCAGAAGACACCUCACUGUUCGUAACUUACGACUUACAUUGAUGUCGCAGUGCAUGGACAUGUCUUGCGCCUGCGUGGACAGCUACUUCACUUCCGCCGCCUCCUGCAUGGACUGCAUGUUGCCCUUGAUUCCCGACACGGGCAACUGCAGUGCAUCUGUGGUGGAAACAGAGUGGCAGGAAAGCAUAAAUGGUGAGCGUAUCCUCAGAGACAUUACUCGAGCCACGGCUAAAACCUUCGCAGAGGUCUACGAGCAAUGCCUCGCGAACGGCUUCGCGGUCAAUAGCGUGUCGCUGUCCUAUGCACCAACUGCAACGGGCCGAGUCAGCACGACGUCAUUAUCGGGUUCUGGCACGCCGCUCACCACUGCAGCCUCCGACGGGUCAACUACUUCAACGGCCGCCGCGAACGGAUCCACCAGUGGUGCGUAUCGUGUCUACAUCAGAGCGGCAAUCGUGUCACGAUCGAAACCCCUUAGGCACGGCGUCGGCUCGCCCGACCUCUUCAGCGAGCUCUGGUUCGGCAAUGUCGCCGGAGAAACUAACGGGAGCUGCUUUAAUGCUGCUGGCCGCAUUUCUCGCGUAGAGUCCGUUCUCUGUGGCCUCGACGUUGAGAUUCGUUCGCAUGUACUGCAGUGUUCUCAGUAGACGUGCCAAUGUCGACUUCGUGAGGGCGAAAAAGCUACAUUUGACACAUAAUCAUGCACGAAACGGAAGACAGGAGCACAGGAGAAAAAGGCUUCGUACUACAAGCAGAAAGAAGAACGACCGAAAAUUGGCAUUGAGACGCAGCAUCACGCUGAACCUCCGACCUCUGCGUCCAUGAAAACAUGUUAGUAUCACAGGCCACAUUAGAAUCGGAGUAUAAGUGUCGCGUACGCUCUACCAUGACAUCAAUGGAAUCUA